AUACUCAGAGCUAGCCAGCACCAGAUUCUUUAAGGUAACAAAACCUGACCAACAACUAAGUUCGGGGAAGCCGGUCACAGACUCUGAUUAUUUGGACGUAUUUGCUGUCACCUCUUCAUCAUGAAGACCUUUCUAGGACUCUUCAUUGUAUUUUGUGUUUUCAAAUUAGUGUCUGCAGUUUGUAAUCCAACUUGCGCUAGUGAUGAGAUUUGUAAUGCCAAUGGAACGACUUGUUCGUGUAAUUCAACUGCCUACCCAAGUUCAGGUGGUCUUCCAGCUCCAACGAUUAACUGCAAUGGAGGAAAUUUAAAUAUAUAUGUAUCAAAGUGUUGGCUGGAAGCAAAUGGUUACAAUACAUCUGUUAUCACUCUGCAAAACACCUCAUGUUUGGCUACCAGGGAGAUUGUGAAUAACACUGCCCAGAUGGUUUUUCACAACUCACUAGCAAAGAAUGCUUGCAACAACACCGUUACUCAAAAUGCAACCUAUAUAUCAUAUGCGAAUAAGAUGUACAUUCACGGAGUGUUAUAUCCAGUUCAACUACGGAAAGAAAUUAUUAUGAAUGUUUCUUGCAUUUUCUCUUUUAAUACAAACAUUCAGCUUAAUGUCACACUAAAGCCAAUACUUGGGUCUUCUUCAAUAAAUGUCCCUGGAAUAAAUGCUAACCUUGCAGUAAACAUGGCUGUUUAUAAAGACAGUUCAUUUACCACUUUGCUCGCGGAUACUGACGCAUUGUAUGUGGAUGAUACUAUCUAUGUGUCAGUAAUCAUACCAAACCUCGAUGCCAGUACAUUUAAAGUCAAAGUAAUGAGCAUGUAUGCCUUUCCUGGAGGAGCUGUCACCCCAGUCUAUGAUCUACUUACAAAUGGGUGCCCAGCAAGCGGCGUACUUGCUAACCAAAUGACUGUUCUAGCCAAUGGAGUCAGCAAUGAAGCACGGUUCGCAAUGCAAGUGUUCCUGCUAACUGGCUUUAACAGCGUCAUGCUCUCCGCUAAUGUCUCUCUCUGCUCAUCUAACUGUGCCUUGGGCUGCAGUGCACAAAGCAGAUCAGCUGACAUUCAGGGCAGUCCAGUUACUGUCAGUGUUUCUUUGGAUUCAACUGCACCAUAUGACGUUAGCUCUGCCAAUGGUUUCUCUGUUGCCUGGACACUGAGUACAUUGACCUUAUCAUGGAUUUCUGUGAUGCUGAUGUAACUUCUAUGAGUCCCAUAAGGUGUCUUUUGUCAAAAUGUCAACAUGGACAUUCUCAAAAAGAAAAGAAGUUUCCCUGCAUACUAGAGACUAAACCAUAGAUAAUAUUGCUUUCUCUACAAUAUUUUUCUGCUGCUAGCAAUGAAAAUACGCAUCUUGUCACUAAUCCGCUUAUGUGUGCUGUUCUAUAUUGUUGGCCCUUAAUGAUAACCUUACCUACUGUACAUAUGCAAUACGAAUUUAUGAUGGCCUUAAUGGAUCAUAUUUGAACACAUAGGGGUUUAUUUCAUUUUCUAAAGGAAAAUAGGUUGUUCACUUAGCAUAGUGAUGUGAAAAUUCAUUUUGCAAAGACUAUCUAAUUAAGAAAUUACAUUUUUUUUUUUUUGCUUGCAUAUGAUUGGUUGAUGGAAGUUGAAAUUCCCCUGCCAUGUGAACAGCUUAGUUGCCUUUAGUAAGACAACCUCAUUGUAUGCUUUGCUUUAUAUAUUAUUUGUUUAAUCUCGUGCAUUAUACAUCCUUUAUGAAAUAAAUGAGAUUACAGCUUGUUAUAUCAUAA